UGUUUGUCUUACUUUCAGAUUUAGCACUUUCAGGUUUAGCAAAACUUUCUGAACCCUCUUCUAGAAAAUUAUUUUUUAUCUGACUUCCAUUACCGAAGCUCCUUUGUGUGGAGAAUCUAAUAAAACUCCCUAAUGGCCUGCGGCACAUACUGCUGGCUUCUGAUGGGGGUUUUAGGUGUUAGCUGUGAAGUAACCAAGGCAGUAGAUAAGAUGUGCAUUGAGAUAAUUGCUAACAGAAGCUACAGUUGUGAAGAUUUAGGACUGAGGCAGAUUCCAGAAUACUUGCCUUCUACUACAGAAGUUCUUGAUUUCAGCUUUAACUUUCUUUACACCCUUCAACUAUCAACUUUCAGCAAGUUGGAGGAUCUGGUAACUUUAGACCUGACAAGGUGUCAGAUUAAUUGGAUCUAUGGAGGUGCCUUUCAAAGCAACUCUAACUUGGAGACUAUUGUGUUGACUGGAAAUCUUCUUUUGUUUCUGGCAGAUGAAGCAUUCACUGGACCCAAUUGUUUGAAACAUCUUGAUCUAACUCAAACGGGGCUCACUAGUUUAGCAUUUAUCCCAAUGCAAGAUCUUGGCAACUUAGAAACCCUGAUAUUGGGAAGCAACCACAUCCAAUCAUUAGAACUCCCACCAGACUUUCCCACUAGGAAUCUCAAGUACCUGGAUUUUCAGCUGAACACCAUACAAAAAAUAUCAGCUAAAGAUAUAUCAGUACUAAAGAAAACUAACAAUCUGACUCUCAUUCUCAAAGGAAAUAAUAUUACACACAUUGAAGACAGAGCUUUCAGUUCUAUGUUUUUCUACAGUUUGAACUUUGGUGGCUGCGUUAAUGUUUCAGUGAUCUUGGAAGGACUGGAAGGAGCCAAAACAGUUUUUCUUUGGCUUGGGACUUUUGAUGAUUGGGACAAUGGAAUAGAUUUAAAUGCCUCUAUGCUGCAAAGGAUCUGCAAUAUCUCUGCAGAUGACCUUAAUCUGCAGUAUCGCUAUUUUAGUCAGAUCUCAGCUGACACAUUUCAGUGUUUGACCAAACUCCAAAAGAUAGAUCUGACCCACACCUUCCUUCAAAUGUUGCCUCAUGAUAUUGUUGGGAUGAAUAUGCUGAAGGAAUUAAAUCUCAAUAUGAAUGCUUUUGUGGACCUCUGUGACAUUCAUUCUUCUGCUUUCCUCAACUUGACCCACCUCUCCAUUAGAGGUAAUUCUGAGAAACUGAAUUUGGGCUCUGGAUGCUUAGAAACAUUGUCAAAGCUUCAACAUCUGGACCUGAGCAAUAGUAAUGUAGAAAGUCCAGACUGCUGUACCCAGGAACUCCGUGGUUUGAACAGCCUGAAACACCUCAAUCUGAGCUAUAACAAACACCUUUUGUUGCAUGACAUAGCCUUUGAACAAUGUGCUGAGCUGGUGAUCCUAGAUUUCACUUUCACACGGAUCAUCACAAAUACAUCCCAAGGACCCUUCCACAAUCUGCAUUUUCUGCAGUCCCUGAACCUUUCACACUGUCAGAUUGGCCCAAGUAUUCAGCACAUCUUGCAAGGUCUAGAGAGCCUUAUUGUUCUGAACCUGCAUGGGAAUAACUUUGGAUCUGGUACAAUGCUGAAUGAAAAUGUCUUUUGGCAGACACCCAAUUUAGAGGUAUUAAUUUUAUCUUCCUGUAAAUUGCCAGCUAUACAAACAAAAGCAUUUUAUGCCCUCAAGAAGCUAAAGCAUGUGGACUUGAGCUACAAUAACCUUAUUGCAUUCAGUUCAGAUGCAUUUUCCAAUUUCAAGAGCAUUUAUCUCAAUUUUGCCAAUAAUAAGAUCCGCAUUAUCCCACGUGAUAUGUUGACUAGCCUAUCUGGCAAGAGUGUAAUCAAUUUAAGUUACAACCCACUGGAAUGCACCUGUUCCAAUAUUGGAUUAUUAACUUGGUACAAGCAAAACACAGAUAAAAUUGAAGACUCUGAAAAGACAGUGUGCUCUGAGCCCAAAUCAGUAGAGGGUGUUAAGCUCUCCUCUAUAAAUCUGUCCUGUGGACAUCAUACUGCGCAAAUAGUAUUGAUUACCUUAGUUGUGAUAGCUUUAAUUGCAGCAUCCUUAAUUCUGAUCACACGUUUUUUAAAAAGAAAGUACCAACAAAUUUGAGAUCUUUAAAACAAAGGCACACAGCUAAUUUCAGAGAAAAGAAUACUACUAAUUCACUACAAAAUUACUAAAAGCAGUUUAUAAGGAAUGCUUUGUUUUUUUCACUUUUGACAUUAAUACAGCAACCAUUUAACUCAGUUUUUAUGUUAGAUAAAGUGGUGGCAAAGAUUGCAAUAUACAGAAGAUAGAAAAGCGAGGUAGAGUUAACCUUGCACAUACUAAAUGGAAUUACACAAAAAUCUAUUCUCUCAGUGGUAUAUUAGGAGAUUCUGGUGACCACAGCAGAUGCAGAACAAUCCCUCUGCUAGCCGGCCACUUGUGUGGCAGACGACUAAAGAGGCAAAUAGUAACUUAUUUUUGGAAGUGAGACAGAAAGUGAAGAUGAUUGGUUUUUUUCAGUGGUCAUUCCACCUCUCAUUAUGAAUAUUCCUUGGCCAGUGUGCAGUGUUUAAUGAAAUAUACAAGUCUGCCAUUAAUGGAGAACUCAGUGGUUAUAGCGAUGGCCUAGGACUAGAGAGACCGGGAUUUCAAUCCCUACUCUCCAAUCAAGUUUAGUGUGUAAAUGUGGACCAGUCACUCUCCCUCUCUGGGCUUAACUUACAUCACAGGGCUAUUGUGAGGAUAAUAUUUAUAUGCAUAUCAAGCCAUAAUCAAGCAGAAGUUUAUAAGCACAAGACUUCCAAUCACCUGCUUGUUCUCUAUCAGGUGACCAACAAGUCUGGACUGUUGCUUCCAGGGACCUUACACUGAAAAUUUCCCAUUUAUUAUUUUAAAUACAGGUUACCAAACACUUGUGCGCAUACAAAUUUUAGGGUAACCCCCAUAUCCAUACAUUCUUUUUCUUCAGUUCAUGUCCUAUUAAUUUUAUAUAGGCAAAAGAUUGUUUAUGAGAGCCCUGUGGCAGAGUGUUAAGUUGCAGUACUAAAGUCCAAGCUCUGCUCAGGACCUGAGUUUGAUCCCAGCUGAAAGUGGGUUCAGGUAGCCGGCUCAAGGUUGACUCAGGUUGUUAAAAUGAGUACCCAGCUUGCUUGGGGUAAAGUGUAGAUGACUAGGGAAGGCAAUGGCAAACCAACCAAUAAAAAGUCUGCCAAUAAAACGACAGGAUGUAACAUCACCCCAUGGGUUGGUAAUGACUCAGUGCUUGCACAGGGGACCACCUUUGCUUUUUAAGAUUGUUUUCCAGUUACCCUGCUGUAGUAUUUUGAUUCUCAACUAAAGAAGUUAAUUAUAAGCAGCUACAAUUUAUGUAUUGUUCAGAUUUAUUUUUAUAUCAACUGUGCACUCAUUUGUACAAAGUACAUCAAUUUCAAGUCCCUUCAUUAAAAAAAUUCCAAUGUAUGAUUCCAGAAUAAAUGUGUAGAUAAACCAUACUUUAGAUGCUUCAUACAUGUGUGCACCUUGAAAAUAGGUUUUGUACUCAUACUCAAAGACCACAGCCAUACUUGUUUUUCACAAGAGGUAGAAGCAGAAAGGAAAACAUAUUGAGUAGAAUGUGUUUAACAGUUCUGAAAUCAGCAGUUUAAAUGGUUUUAUAUAUCAAUGGGAUACAUGAUUUUGUUUUAACUGUAAAUUACUUUUAGAGCAUGUUAGAAAGAUGGCUCAGACAUUAUAAAUGAGUACAAAUGUACAGUAAUGUGGGCUGAAGUUCAAGUUACAUAUAUGAUGCAUAAAAACAAUGUAUUCAUCAGUGAAAUAAAUACCUAACAGCAUGGUUUUUCAUUUCA